CGUAUAUAGACUAGGACCCGGGGCCCGGACGCCUCCAGUCGCGCCAUGGCACCAGUCGUCGUAGUCGUCGCUGUCCUGCUGGCCUUUGCCGCGCUCGGCAGCCGGGCGCAAGCGCCGGGCUGCUGGAAUGAGCAGAUGGCGGACAAGCAGAGGCUCCAGUACGGCCUCAUGAUGGUCCGGCAACAGAUCGCCAACAUGCUCACCCUGGAGUACAUCGCCGGCGUGUCGGCGCAGCUGGGCAGCCCGCUAGGCGUAAGUGGUGCUUCACCCUACCUGAUGGCGCCGCCGCGGUCGCUACACGAACACCAAACCCUGGUGCUGCCCGCCAGCGGCGGAGGCGGUGCGGGCAGCGGACAAACCAUGGUCCUGCCUGGCAGCGGGGGCGCCGGUGCCGGAGCCGGCGUCCGACACGGAUACGGCGCGCACAUGAAGAGCACCACGUACAAGAAGGAGGUGCCCCUCAAGGACAGCUACUGAGCCACCACCACCACCACAACCACCACAACCAACACAGCCGCGCGCCACCGCUACUACCGUCACCUACCAUUAAAAGAAGGAACACUCCGGCGCACGCGCGCGUCCCGCUUGACACCCAAGGUACACGUGACCACAGCCACGUUGGGACACCGGACUCUUCGGGACCACACCAUGGGUACUGCUACACUACGUUAUGCAAGGGGGAAAUGAAACACGCCUCGGUAGUGCACACGUACCAGCGUUUGCCUUGCAU